UAUGUAUUUACUUUAUUAGUUAUAGAUUAUAUUAAUUUCUAUCUAGUUAUUAUAUUAUAUAUUACUUUUCUUAAUGCCAUAUUCUACAUUCUGUUGGAUGCUGCAUUUGUACUUCUUCACAAAAGUAGAUAUGAGUUUGCAGUGCAUUGUCUCAUUCUCAAAGUUCAUAAUAACGUCACAAGACAAUGUUGUGAAGGAGUAAUUUUCCACUGUUUAUGUUUGUAUAAUAAUACCUGUGUUUCUCGUCAGACAAAGUCGGACAAAGUUAGACGGAAAUCGAGUGAACUCUAGACAGAGUUCUAGGCAGAGUUAGAAUGGGCAUCUGAACGCAACUAUGAUUUUCUCUCUACAAUAAAGUUUGCUCAUUUUAUUAUAACAUCACUUCGUCUCCUGCCUGCUGUUCUUCCCCUCUGACAUCCAAGUCUGCAGGAUAGUUAGGUUGGAUAGUAGAAUCUAUAAGAGAUUAGGAUACUCCAGUACAGGCCAAUUGAUGCAGAUAUACAGUAAUAAUCACACAUACAGCAGAUAAAGAGACCACUAGAGGGUGAUAUGUGUUAAGGGGCAUGUUGAGGGCUGAUUUAACGUUAGUUAUUUCCAUGUCUGUGCUUGUGUUUGUGAUACACGUAAAGCUGCUAAAAGAGGAAACGGAUAAAAUCUUGCUUGCUUCUAAAAUCAAGUCACUGUGUUAUUAACUGCUGAGGACGUCUCGGUACAGCCGCGCGUACACAACUGUCUCAAUAGACCUGCAUUACGAUGAAUAACACGGAGGAGGGGAUUUACCACAGCUCUCACACGGAGAACAUCCUCUUUGCAACCUUCUACAUUGUCAUCUUCAUCCUCUCUGUUCCAAGCAAUGCCUUAGCGCUUUGGGUGUUCUGCUGCCAUGACAACCGCAACACCCCAUUCAAAGUGUUUCUGAAGCACCUGGCUAUAGCUGACGUCUCUUACGUCCUGGUGCUCCCCAUGCGGAUGGUCUACCAUAUGUCAGACUGUCACUGGCCUCUUGAGGAGGGGGCGUGUCGCGUGGUUGGCUUCCUGUUCUUCGUGAACCUCUACUGCAGCAUGUACUUUAUGACUUGCAUCAGUCUGGACCGCCUGCUGGCUUGUGUCUUACCACACAAGACUCAGAAUCUGAGAAAUACCAGGAAUGCCAAAGUGGUCUGUGCGAUCUUGUGGAUCAUGGUGACCAUUUCCAUGGCACCUGUCCUGUUCUCCCCAAAACAAGUCAUCAGACGAUUGGAUACGUGGAAUGUGACGGUGUGUGAACAGCUGUACAUCGAAAAUUCUUCCAAUCCCACUGGUGCAGUUGUGUCGACGGCCGUCGCGUUUCUAAUACCUCUGGUCAUCAUGACUGUCUCUUACAUUCUAGUAUUUUGCAAAGUCCAAAGAAUGACCUUUCAGGAAAGGACGACAUCUCAGCGUAAGGCAUUGAGAUUGAUCGUGCUAACAGUGGUUAACUUUAUCAUCGCUUUUGUACCCUAUCAUAUCAACCGAUUUGUCUUCAUCAUACAGCACAAUGACAUGUCAAAGUCAGAAUCAGAAAGACAGUUGUUGCAUUUGGGAAAUCGCAUAACCUCAGCUUUAACAUGUGUAAGUGGCGUGUUGGACCCUGUUAUGUACUUCUUUUUGGCUAAAAAUUUCCAAGAGACUCUGCUUCAGCUCUGUGGUAGGAACCCUAAAGAGGAGCAAUCCACCACAUGACAUACAGGCUCUGAUGCAAAUGGAGUUCCUCAGGGUGUAAUGUUUAAAGCUAAAGUAGAAGUUGGAAAGUAGAACUGAAAAAAAGACGUGUUCGCAUGCAAGGAAUUCAAUUCAGAAGAGUUCUGUGCUGUUAAGACUACUUUUGCUUUUCAAUUCCUACCACAUAUUUAGCUAUAAUAACAGUAUCACAUUAUAAAAAAAAUCUUCCAGUAUUUUUAAUUUAUCUUUAUUUCAUCAGUUAGUUCUUGUCUAUAUGGUUCUCCUGCUGGUCAACAUAACAAAUGAAAAAAAAAUUGUUUAACUCUC